AUGAGGGGCCGUGGUGGAUGGUCCCCCUGUCUUGGAGCCCUGGGUGGACAAAGGAGCUUCCGGAAAGAGAGGAGGAGGAUGGCCAGUGGGAAUGGGCUCCCUUCAUCCUCGGCCCUGGUGGCCAAGCGCCCCUCCGCCCUGGGCCCAUUCCCCAGAUACAUCUGGAUCCACCAGGACACACCCCAAGACAGCCUAGACAAGACUUGCCACGAAAUCUGGAAGAGAGUUCAAGGCCUGCCCGAGGCCUUGCAGCCCAGGACCUCAAAGGAACAGCUGUCUGCCCCCAUGACUGGGACUCCAAGAGACAACGGGCUCGGCUUCCAAGAAGAAGCUCUGGAGCUCAGCCGUGAUAAAGAUGAGAUCUCCCUGUUGGUGGAGCAGGAGUUCUUAAGCCUGACCAAAGAGCACCUCAUUUUGGUCACAGAGAGCUCGGAGGAGCUGGAGGCCCCCGGCAUCUCUCCUGAGGGACCCAGACAGCUGGCUCCCUGCCUUCUCAUACCUCCUCCGGUGGCCGACGGCAGUGAGUACCCGGGGACCUCCAUCAUUGCUGGUGAUACACUUCUUGAGCCGAAGGUGGCCAUGUCUGUCAUCAGCAGCCGGCCGGACUGUGAUUCUGUCAUGUCUACUGUCACGGGAAUUCUGCGUGCUGCUAAGGUCAAGAGUGUCAAGGGGACAGACGAUGGGGGCCACAGCCUGGGUGCCUCUAACUCAGAGAUCGGCAAGCUCCUGGCUCAGUUCCCAUUCAAGUCCACAGAAACGUCCAAGGCCCCUGACAACAAGAUGGUGUUGGAGGAGACAAGGGUCAUCAAGGACUUCUUGCAGAACAGCAUGUUCGGUGGCCCAGGAUCCAGGGAGCCCAUGGGGCUGGGGCCAUUCCUACUGCUGCCGCCUCCGCCUCUGUCUGCACCCCCUGAGAAGCUCCCUGAGCUCCCUCCUCAGAAGAGGCAGCUCCCAGUGUUUGCGAAGAUCUGCUCCAAGCCCGAGGCUGACUCUGCUAUGGAGGGGCACCUCUUGAUGGAAUGGAACCCUAGCACCAAGGAUCCAACCAAGGGUCGAGAGAGCCUCUUUCUCAGUCAGUGGCCCCAGAGCCGGAAGGACACCGGUGGUGAGGAGAGUUGCAGUGACCCAAUAGGCUCCAUGUCCAUGGCCCUGCCAUCCACGAAGUCUGUAUGGCCAGCCGAGAAGAACCUGCUCUAUGAGUUUCUUGGGGCCACCAAAAACUCCAGCGGGCAGCUGAAGCUUCGCAGCAAAGUGGAGGUGGACGGGCUGGAGCUGAAACUUAACCCACCUGUGACAGUGGCCGACAAGAACAACCUCAAGUACACAGGGAAUGUAUUCACCCCACGCUUUGCCACAGCCUGGACCUCAGCAACCUUGAACCAGCCACUGUGGCUCAACCUCAACUAUCCACCUCCGCCCGUGUUGACAAAUCACUCCCCCUUCCCACAGUAUCAGGGCCUGUAUCCACAGCGUGCAGCCAGGAUGCCCUAUCAGCAGGCCCUGCACCCCCAGCUGGGCUGUUAUUCCCGACAGGUGACACCGUACAAUCCACAGCAGAUGGGACAGCAGAUUUUCCGCUCUUCCUACACCCCCCUGCUGGGCUACAUCCCCUUUAUGCAGCCCAGCUAUCCGUACCCUCAGAGGACACCUCCAAAGCUCUCCGCCAAUCCCCGAGACCCUUCCCCCAUGGCAGGAGAUGGGCCGCAGUACCUCGUCCCCCAGGCUUACGGGUUUGGCUCGACGGCUGGUGGGCCCCUGAUGAAUAGCCCCUAUUUUUCCUCCAGUGGGAAUGGCAUAAAUUUUUAGAUGGUCUUCUCUUCUCCCCCCUCCUACCUUAGCCCUUGGAUCAGGGCUAAGGGCUCUGGAAUUCUGGAUUCUGGAAUAGCAGCGUGGCAUGAAGUUGGAGAAGCCAAGGCUCCGACCAGGUCGUAGACAGAAAACAGCAAGACCAGACUCAUCUGUUGACCAGCUCUCUCACACACAUAGCCCCCCUCACACACACCACCUGCCACACAUGCACCUCCCUCAUAGUCACACUCACCUGCUCAGCCAUCUAGGCACCUGUAUUUAGCUGACAUGAGUGAUUUUUUGUUUUCGUUGUUGUUGGUAAAAUAGAAAUAAGACCCUUAAUUUUAGAACGUUUGUAUUUUAUGAUAAAAGUGAGAGCUGCUUGAAA